AUGAAUACAUUUCGAAAAUUUGCGAGAGGCUAUAUGCAAACAAUGCUUUAUGGAAUAGAGGAGAGACCAAGUUUUAAGGUAAACAACCAAAUUUAUCAAAUUAGAUGGAUGGUUCAUUUUAUUUUAUUCUCCAUUUAAUCAAUCAUUUUCAAUAUUUAUCUAUCAUCGUGAAUGCAAAUUAGAAUAAAAACUAUAGCGACUUUAAAUUAACUUAUUCAAAAAGUUUUUUAGAAUUUUUCAUUUUGAAUAACACUUUAUAAUCCUCUAUGACAUAUAAUUUGGCAUUAGUUAUUAUUGUGAUCUCAUUUGUCUCACAAUUGAUACUUAUCUUAUUUUUAUUUUUUUCAACAUUCAUAAGAAUUUGGACAGCUAAUCUUAUUAGAAGAGAUAUUACUGGAAAUGAUAACAUGAAUUCUUAAAUAUAGAAAUGGGUUAUGAGUUUUAAUGAAACACUUCAUUGGUAUUUUGUUCUAUAUCCUGUAAUAUAUCUUCAAAUAGCAGUAAUAUCUUUUAGUUCCCUUACUUGCAAUAUUGUAAGUAUAUUUCCAAAAUAAGAAUGUGAAAUAGGAAUAGGAACUCAGAUAUUAGCAAUUACUCCAUUAAUAAUUUCUUAUAUAAAUGGAUAAAUCUUAAUUUACAUAAUGAGGAAUCAUAGAUUUCAUGAACCUAAUUCUUUAAAACGAAGAUAUUCUUCCUUAUUAUUACUAAAUAACACAAUUAUUCUGAUAGAGAUAUUUUCACAUUAUGUUUAUGAAGUAAAAUCAAAUCAUUUAAAUUAUAGUUUUAAGCAGCAGAUAUUCUUAAGUAUUCAAUGGCAAAUUUCUUUGCUAUUAACUAAAUCAUAGAUUAACUAACAAACUUCCCUUAUAGAGAUCCAAUCCGUGUUCCUUCAAUAAGAUUAGCAUUUGUAUAUGCUUGGAUAGUCCUAGCAGUUACUGCAUUUAAGUUUAAUUUUUUCGAUUAAGACAAUUUAUUUUUCUUAAUUGUUCUACCUUUACCAGGAUUAGCAAUUGUUGGAGAAACCUUAUCCUCUUUAUUUUAAAGUCAUGCUAUUUUAAAUUAUAAUUCAAGUAUUCAAAUAGAAGAGAAACAUAUUAUAAUUGCUGUAGAUUAAUGUUACAAAUAUCAUACAGAUUAUUUAAAAGUAAAAAUAUUGCAAUUGAAUUUAGGACCCUUAGGCUCAAUUGUAAUAUUUUUAGUUUUUAAUGAUUCAUCGUUUAUAUUGUAAGAAUAAUAAAUGCUAUUCCAAACUCAAACGCUUUGAGACAUUGAACGUUGAUUAGAAAAAAGAUCUAAACAUAUUGACCUUGAGCAUAAUCAAAUGUAUAUUUAAGGCAGCCCAAAACUGGCUGUUUUCUAUGUACUCUUUAUAUUAAUAAAAUAGUCAUAAUUUAAAUGCAGAUUUAUAAUUUGAGCAGUUGUAAUUAUAGUAUAUUAGUUUUGUAUCGGAAAUAGCUUAAAAGCCAUUAAUAGGAUAUUUAGAAUUAAGACAAUACUAGAACAAUAAAUUAAAUAAUAAUUCCACUUAUUUUAUUGAGAUAACUAAUAAAUUAGCAGAUUAAUUAAAAAAGCAAAUAAUGGAUAAUUAAGUUAGAUAAAAUUCAAAGGCUGUAUUGAUUCAUGAACAAAGAACAUAACUUAUAGAAAUAUCUCUAACAUAAUAAUGGUAAACAUAAAAUUUAUAUGAAAAUUUAUUAUAAACAUAUACAAAUUUGGUAGAUUAAAAAAUAGAUCAUUGGUAAAAUUUAAUAAAUGGAUAUCCUAGUUUGAAUCCAUUUUAAUCAAAUACAUAAAAGUUAUGUGAAAAAAUCAUGAAUGUAAUGUAUGGACAUAUGAUUAGCUUAGGAUUGCAUUAGACAAAUAUAUAGGAGUACCUUAAGAAUGGUUCGAUAUGAAAACAACAACAACAAAAGGUAUUGCUGUAAAGAAAUUAAGUCAUGCUUAACUUAACAUAAAUGUAAUAACCUUAAAAUUAUAUUCAUUAUUUUAUUCAUUAGUGAUGAAUGAUUUUGACAGAGUAAUAAUAUGAUAUAUAUUAGUCUAUAUAUGUAGAAUAGUAUGUAAAAGAUUUAACAUCAAAUGAUAGAUAAAAAGAAAUUGAUAUUAUUGAUAAUAUUUCACUUUACAAUGAUUCAACAACUAUUAUUUUGGUUAGUAUAGUUAAGAAUAAAGGAAAGAUAGUUAAUAAAAAUUAAUUGGCAUUAGCUAAUUUCUUUUAUUAUAUUGAUGCAAAUGAUUUUAAAGAAUCUGUAUCUUAAGUUCAUAAUUUAUUACCAAAAACUAUGAUGAAAGGUCAUGAAUAUUUAAUUGAUGCUUUUAUUUAAAAAGGACAUAGUGAAUAUUUUAUUCGUAAAAUUUCUGGGUAUUAUGAAAAUAAAAAAGGAUUUAUAGAGAAAUGUUAUGUAAAAUUAGGCAAUUUAUUUGAAGAAUUGGAUGAUUAUGUAAUUACAGCAUCUAUACUAAAAUGUAAUAUAUCUAAUUAGUUGAUAAUGGUUGAUGCUGAAGGUAAAAUAAUUGGAAUUAGUGAAGAAUUAUAUAAAACAAUAAGUACAAAAGUUCCAAAUAUAACAAUUGAAUUUUUUAAAGAAUUUUGUCAUUUCUUUUUGAUUUUUCCAUCAUUCUUAACUAUUUUGAAUUAAAAUUUAAAUAAAAUAAGUGAAUUAGAUCAUUAAUUUAUUGAAGAUGAAGAACAUUUAUUUUAUAUUCCAUCUAAUUUAGUUGAACUUAAUUCUUUAUUUGUUAGAGAAUAAUAUGAAAAAAUGGGUAAUACACUUUAAGAGGGUUUAGAGAGUUAAAAUUUAAGUUCAUGGAGAUCAUGGAAAUCUGUUGAAAAAUCUAUGAGAAGUGAUCAUUCAUUUGGUUUAGAUAGAGGUAGUACAACAAUUUUGGGAGAAAAAGUACCUAUAGCUGAUAAAUCUAAUAUAAACUUUCAUUAUCAAUUUAUGAAUUAAAAUAAAGAUUAAUUAGAAAAGGUAUUUAAUUAUUAUAUAAAUUUAAAGUAUUCAAUAAUUAGAACAAAAAUAAAAAUGUCCUUUUAAAUGAUGAAAGUUAAAAGAUAUUCUUAUCCUUACUUUGUUAUUGAAUUAGAACAUAUGAAUGAGAUUAAUUCUUAACAUAAAUUUUUUAAUAAAUAUCCUACAAUGGGAUAAAAUUUUGAAGCAUCUACAACAAUGUUUAAUUCUGCAUAAAAUCAUAAAUCAUUAAAUGAAACAGUUCCUUCUAGUGCAGAUAGAUCAGUUAAUGAUACUAAACCAGUUAGUUUUUAACCAGACAGAAUUAAUUUAGAAUUAGAAAAUAAUAAAAAAAUAAAUAAAAAUAAUAAAAUUACAGAUGAAAAAAUUAAAUAAUUAAUUUAAUAAGAUGAUAGUAAUUUAUUAUUUGGAAAUGAUCAUUCUUAAGUUAGAUUAUUUGAUAAACCUAAUGCAAUAGAAAUUUAAGAUGUAUCUGCUCCUCCAUCUGAAAUAAUUUUAAAUAAAAAUGCAUAUAGACCAGAUUUUAGUGGUAUUCCAAUAUAAAAAGAUUAAGAUAAUGAUUCAGAUGAAUUUUUUUAACUUCAUAAAUAAUUUGAUGUAAUAAUUAUAAAAUCAUAUAUAAUAGGAAAAACAUCUAAAAAUAGAAGAAAAACAAUUUCAAAAAGAAAAAUCAAGUGAUGAGUUUAAAGAUAAAGAUGAAUCAUAAUAAGAAAUAGAAGACAAUCUUGACAAACAUUCCUCAAAUUAAAAUAUAAAUAAAAAAAACUUUUUAUAAUUAUUAGUUGAAAAUAAAUAAAUCUUAUAAGAGUAAAUUUAAUAAUUUAUAUAAUUUAUAGAAACUAAAAUGAAAUUGAUGAAGAAGACAAGAAAAAAAGAUCAAUUGCAAGUUCAUCAAGAACUAGUACAUCUAAAUCACCAUCAUUAUUGGUUAGAUCUUUGUAUUAAGUAAGUACUUUUGGAGGAGGACUCAAAUCUGUCAUUUUUGCUAUUUUAUUAUAUCUUCUCUUAUAAUUUUGUUUAGUUUUUGUUAAACUUAGCAUCAUUUAAAGUAAUUUUAAAAUCAAAUAUUAGAUAAUUAUAACAUUUUAUAAACUAAUAUCAAUUAUGUCACCUAUCCAGAAACAUUAAAUUUUUAUUUCUAAAAAGUUGCUUUCUUUGCUUGGAUUAGUUUAUAAGAAAGACUUGAUAUAAUUGAAUAUAGUGAUUUCAUUAAAAAAUAAUAGAUAGAAGAACUUCAAGCAACUAGAUAAAUAAUUGAUAUAAAAUUAAAUGAAUUAUACAAAGGUAUUAUAUAAUUUGAAGAGUAAAUUAUGAAUGAUGAACUUAAAUUAGUUAGUAUUAAUGAUAUAUCCUUUUCAGAAUAAUAGCUUGAUUUAACUUAAUUAAUACAAUAAAUUCAAUUACACUCUUUUAAUUAUAUCGAUAAUGUUUAAAAUGGUGUUAUUUUUUCAGAUUGCCUCUUUUUUAGAUUGAAUGUACCUUAUGUAUACAAUUUUGCAUAUAAAUAUAUUACUUUACUUAAUGAAAAUCUAGUUUACUAUGAAGAUAGAAUAAUAAAUGAUGUAGUUAUAUUGACUAUGACUUUUAUUGCUGUUAACACUGGUAUUAUAUUUUAUAUAUUGUAUAAUAUGUAUUUAUUAACACAAUAUGAACGAUAAAUUUUAAUGUUGAUAACAAGAGUAUCUCAUAAAAGAGCUGAAGAAAUUAUGUAAAAAUUAACUGAUGUUAAAACUAUUUUAAUUGAACCUUCAUAACUUUUGUGGAAAAGAGUUAAUUAUUUUGAAUUAAAUUAUGAUUAAGUUUAAUAAAAUUAAUAAGUUACAAGUCUUUUACUUGCAAAAUCAGUUAAAACUUAAUCAGUUACUAAAUCAAAUGAAAUAUCUGGUUAAAAAUCAAAAAUUAAAACUAAAAGAUCAUAUUAAAGUAAUUCUUUAGCUUAGAGAAUAUAUGAUAUAACACUUAGUUAUCCUUCUAAUUAUAUUUUUCUCUUUUUCCUAUGGUUUUUAGCUAUUUUAUUCAUUAUUGGAGGUAUUCUGGUAACUAUUAGUUAAGUUUCAGACAUUAAACCUACACUUAAUCUAAAUUUAUAAUUAAUCAGAUUUAAACUUAGAUUUGAUACUCUCAUAGUAUUAGGAGAAUUUCUAAAAACUUAAUAAAUAAUUAGUAAUGAAUUAACAACUAAAUAUUGGAAUAUCAAUAUAGAUAUGAAAAAUUAAUUAGUUUUAGAUCUUUUUAGUGAAUAAACUGAUGGAUUUCAAGAUUCUAUGAGAAAUAUUUAUGAUUCACUGGCUAGUUAAUCUGGACUUUUAGAAGCUUAAAAAAAAGAAUUAUUGAUGUAUUUUGAAGAUAGUCUUUGUAAUUACAUGACUGAAGAAAUCCCAUUUUGUACUAUUAGAGUUUCAAAUCAAAAUUUUUAAGUUCCUGAUUCUUUUAAAACAACUUUUGGAAGUCCAUGGUUAGAAGAUAAUAAUUUUGAUUAUUUAUCUGGAGGUAUUACAGGUUGUGUUUAAGAGUUUACAAAGACUUUAAAUUUAUAUUUUUCUAAAGAAAUUUUACUUAAGCAACUACAAGUGAAAACUACUUAAGAAGCAAUUUCGUUUUUAAAAACAUAAAUUCAUAUAAAUCAAUUUGUAGAAUAUUUUCUUGAUUCUGGAAAGUUAUUGUCAAUAAUUGGAGAUAAUUUGUUUGAAUAGAAUCAAUCAAAAUUAUAAUAAGCAACAACAAUAAUGCAAUUAUAUAUUUAUAUAACAGGGCUAGGUUUAUUAAUAAUAUUAGGUUCAGUAUCAUAUUUUUGGUUAAAGCAUGUUAGUGUAAGAAUGAAACUAAUGAGAUUAAGCUUAACUCUAAUUCCAUAUGAAAUUUUAUUAGAGCCAAAGACAAUGAGUUCUUUAAAAUAAUUAUGA